GACGUGGGCGUGAGAGAGGGAGCGCCCGGCGGAGAAGGCCCGGGCGGGGGGGACGGCCCGACGCCGCAGGGUUCAGGUACCGGCCGGCUCCGGCAGCCGUUGGCGCGGCUGAGCGCGGGGGUCGGCCGCCCACUGCUGUCACGGCCCAGAGCCUGAGCCCUUGUGAAGCCGGCAAUGACAAGUCUGAAUGGUCGCCAUGCCGAGAAAACCAUUGACAUGCCAAAACCAUCAGCCCCUAAAGUGCACGUGCAGAGGUCCGUGUCCCAAGAUACCAUCGCCAUUCACUUCUCGGCAUCUGGGGAGGAGGAGGAAGAGGAGGAGGAGUUCCGGGAGUACCUUGAGGAGGGGCUGGAUGACCAAAGCAUUGUAACAGGGCUUGAAGCCAAGGAAGACCUCUAUCUUGAACCCCAGGGCAGCCAUGACCCCACUGGUUCUGCUGUCUCAGCCAUCCUGGCAGAUGGACAGUCCAUGUCCCAGGCCCCUGACAUUUUGCCUGUCUCCGAGAACACUGUAAAACUGUCGGAGUCCCCUUCUCCAGCAGCACAGGUAUUAAGUACAGUGCCAUUGGCUCUGUCCCCAGGGUCAUCUUCAUCAGGGCCCUUAGCAAGCUCUCCUAGUGUAUCAUCCCUUUCUGAGCAGAAAACCAGUUCUUCCUCCCCAUUGUCCUCGCCUUCCAAGUCUCCUGUCCUCUCGUCCAGUGCCUCAUCCUCUGCCAUUUCCAGCGCAAAACCUUUCAUGAGCCUUGUGAAGUCCCUGUCGACUGAGGUGGAGCCAAAAGAAUCCCCACACCCCCCAAGGCACAGGCACUUGAUGAAGACGUUAGUCAAGUCUCUGUCCACGGACACUUCCCGGCAGGAGUCAGAUACAGUGUCCUACAAGCCACCUGACUCCAAACUGAACUUACACCUGUUCAAGCAGUUCACACAGCCACGAAACACAGGUGGAGAUUCCAAAACUGCACCCUCUUCCCCCCUGACUUCUCCCUCUGAUACUCGCUCCUUUUUUAAAGUGCCCGAAAUGGAGGCUAAAAUUGAAGACACUAAACGACGCCUUUCAGAAGUCAUAUAUGAGCCUUUUCAGCUCCUUAGUAAAAUUAUAGGGGAAGAAAGUGGCAGCCAUAGGCCCAAAGCCUUAUCUUCAAGUGCUUCAGAACUCUCCAAUCUGUCUAGCUUGAACGGGCACUUGGAAAGCAAUAACAACUACAGCAUCAAGGAGGAAGAGGGUGACUCCGAGGGGGAUGGUUAUGGGAGCGAUUCUAACACCCUCAGAAGUGACCCCCCAAAGACGGAUGAGCCGGUGAGAGAGGUAGACCCAAAAAGUUCCCAGGGGAGCAGUCUGAAGGAUUUAGGCCUGAAGACAAGCUCUCUAGUUCUUGAAAAAUGUUCUUUGUCUGCCUUAGUGAGCAAAGAAGAUGAAGAGUUUUGUGAACUGUAUGCUGAGGACUUUGAUUUGGAAAUGGAGGGGGAGAGUAGAGUUGAUAGGCCACCAGACAUCCCUCUCAAGCCAGAGGUGCUCGGGGAUGACGGUAUGGCGGUUCUUGACAGUGAAGAUGAGGUGGACUUGGCUGUGCAGCACACAGAAUUACCAGUGAAGACCUUGGGCUUCUUUAUAAUGUGUGUCUAUGCGUACCUCAUCCUUCCGCUUCCCCACUAUGCGAGUGGACUCUUCCUGGGAAUUGGCAUUGGAUUCAUGACUGCAGUUUGCAUGAUUUGGUUUUUUACACCACCAAGUGCUCAUAAAUUUCACAAGUUACAUAAAAAUCUGCAACCCUGGAAAACAAGGUCUCUGGAUGUCAAAGAACCUGAAAUACUAAAGGGAUGGAUGAAUGAGAUUUACAACUAUGAUCCAGAAACUUACCAUGCGACUUUGACACAUUCAGUCUUUGUUCGACUUGAAGGUGGAACCUUAAGACUUUCAAAGCCCAAUAAAAAUAUAUCCAGGAGAGCCAGCUAUAAUGAAACUAAGCCGGAGGUCACCUACAUCAGCCAGAAAAUCUAUGACCUCUCGGACAGCAAGAUUUAUCUUGUACCUAAAAGUUUGGCUCGAAAACGAAUCUGGAAUAAAAAGUACCCCAUUUGUAUUGAGCUUGGUCGACAAGAUGACUUUAUGUCUAAGGCUCAGACUGAUGAGACUUUGGAAGAGAAGCUACCAGCUGAGGGAAGCGAGGACCCUAAGAAGCCACCCCAUUCUCAAGAGGGAACAAGAUCUGGCCAGCGAGAUCAGAUACUCUAUCUCUUUGGGAGAACUGGCCGAGAAAAAGAGGAAUGGUUUAGGAGCUUUAUUCUGGCAUCUAAGCUGAAGUCAGAAAUCAAGAAGCCACCUGGUGUCUCUGGAAGUAAACCAGGGCUUUUGCCAUCACACAGCAAACACAACAGUCCCUCUGGGCACCUGACCCAUAGCCGCAGCAGCAGCAAAGGCAGCAUGGAGGAGGUCAUGUCACAGCCGAAGCAGAAGGAGCUGGUGGGCAGCGUCCGGCAGAAGAUGCUUCUAGACUACACCGUGUACAUGGGCAGGUGUGUCCCCCAGGAAAGCCGAAGCCCCCAGAGGAGCCCAGUGCAGAGUGUGGAGAGCAGCCCCACGGCUGGGAAAAAGUUGCCAGAAGCUCCACCCUCUGAGGAGGAAGAACAGGAAGCCUGGGUGAAUGCCUUGCUUGGAAGAAUAUUCUGGGACUUCUUAGGAGAGAAAUACUGGUCUGAUCUGGUAUCUAAGAAGAUCCAGAUGAAACUCAGCAAAAUAAAGCUCCCCUACUUUAUGAAUGAGCUCACUCUGACGGAACUUGACAUGGGGGUGGCUGUGCCAAAAAUCCUUCAGGCCUUCAAGCCUUACGUUGAUCACCAAGGACUCUGGAUUGAUUUGGAAAUGUCCUACAAUGGGUCCUUUCUGAUGACUCUCGAGACCAAAAUGAAUUUGACCAAACUAGGUAAAGAGCCUCUUGUUGAAGCCCUGAAGGUUGGAGAAAUUGGCAAAGAAGGUUGCAGGCCCAGGGUGUUCUGUCUGGCUGACAGCGACGAGGAAUCCUCCAGUGCUGGCUCCUCCGAUGAAGAUGACGCUCCAGAGCCCAGUGGGGGAGACAAACAGGUGCUCCCAGGAGCUGAAGGGUAUGUUGGAGGUCAUCGAACAAGUAAGAUUAUGAGGUUUGUUGAUAAAAUUACCAAGUCAAAAUAUUUCCAAAAGGCAACAGAGACAGAGUUCAUUAAAAAGAAGAUUGAAGAAGUCUCCAAUACGCCCCUGCUGCUGACUGUUGAAGUACAGGAAUGUAGAGGAACCUUGGCGGUCAACAUUCCACCACCCCCAACUGACCGAAUAUGGUAUGGUUUCCGGAAGCCACCCUAUGUUGAGCUGAAAGCUCGGCCAAAACUUGGAGAGAGAGAAGUGACUCUGGUUCAUGUGACAGACUGGAUAGAGAAGAAACUGGAGCAAGAGUUUCAGAAAGUUUUUGUCAUGCCAAACAUGGAUGAUGUUUAUAUCCCCAUAAUGCACUCCGCCAUGGACCCUCGCUCCACUUCCUGCCUCCUGAAAGACCCAUCUGUGGAGGCUGCAGAUCAGCUGUGAUGGGUGACGUCGGACGUUCCCAGUAUUAUGAGAUGGAGCUCAAGGUGUGGGAUUCUUGGCCGCCAUCUGUGCUGUAGAACUGGCCUUCAAUGUGCCACAGCCACUGUUUCUUAAAGGACUGCUUCUGCCCUCUGCCUGCCAGUGCCCAUUCCACUGUGAGGUGUCAUUCCCUGCAUCCAGUGACUGGUGUCUGAACUGCCUACUGCAAAGCUUUGACCUGGCAAAGGAGACUAGGGAAGAAUUAUCAUGGUGGAUCCCAAAGUUACAGGUGACUCACACCGUGGCUUUUUUAAGUCUGCCAGUUUUUGUGACAGGAUAUGAGCACAUUAAGAGCAAAGGUGUACAGCUAGAAGGCCCCUUGCCUCCUCAACUCCUCCAAAGCUUUUCCCUCAGGCAGCGGUGCACAACAGAACAUCUUUUCACGUCUGUACUUUGUACGUAGCCUUCCAUGCUCCCAGAGAAAUGUCAGUGUGGUGACGUGUGGAGAGUGGGAGUGAAAUUUUGUGAGCAUUUUCAUUGGUGUUAAAGAGAUAGGCAUAACAACCUAAUUUUCCACAUUAAAUUGUGCAUUUUGGAAGUAGCCAUAGAACACACACACACUAACACACUAUCAGGUGGAGGAGGGCCAGUGGGCUUAAGUGAACAUUAGGCAAAGCCAUGAGAUCAAAUCAUCCCAAACCUUUUACCAGUGAGGUGCAACCACCUGGUUUCUAACAUCCUGAUUCUUCGUGAGACAGGAGCGUAUGUGAAAACAGCAAACACUGCACACUAGAUUGUUCUCUCAUGGGGUGGGGCCAGAAAGCCAGAGCCAGUCUUCCCAUCUGGCAUUUCCUGUGUGUUCCAGGAGCUUUUAUAUAGGAAUCUAAACGCUUUGUUAAUCUCAUUAGUGGGAGUUUGUGGGCAGUUCCUUUUUCUGAUGGCCCAAAGGGAGAACUGCCCUGGAAGUCCAGACCAAAAGUUUGCCCAACAUCAGACACUACAUAUUCAAAAUUAAUGUGACCUUUAAAAAAUGUUGCCAACUUAAUUUUGUGCAUUUGUGUCAGAAUAUUUAGUUUACAAGGUUGAGGGCUUUCUAACUGUAUCAUUUGCUUUGAGAAGUAAACCUAAUGUUUUUAUUUAAAGCUGCAUUUAAUGUCAAAAUUACCUUAGGUAACUUGAUAAUUUACAUCUGUGGACAAAGCUAAUAGUGUUUUAAACAGCACCUUGCCUGAACAUACUUUAAAGAAAUUAAUAUAUUGAAAAAACAAAUCUGAAUCCUUAUUUGUUUUACUUCCACCAUUAAAGCAUUUGACUUAAAUUGCUAGACCAUUCCAGUUGAUGUACUGUUCUAAUUUCUCAUUGUGCAGGUCAAUUUGCCUGUCAGAGUGAGCAUGUCCUGGUCACUGGGCUUUAUAAUUUUUGUGCAAUAACUAAAGGCAAAGGACUAGAUGCACUACUGUGUAAGGAGAACACGACUGUACCCUGUUGCACCUUAAAUAGUAUGUGGGGACGUACAAUCGCUUGCAUUGUUUCACAAAAUAAAUCUCAUGUCAAAUUCUA